CGUACGUGUUGCGCCCCUCUCUUUGUCGAGCUCCUUAGCUGCGUCGGAAGAGGAGAUUUUGUGUUUUUACCGUCCGCACGCAAGAGCUGGCAUUCGUGUAUCUUCUCCGCAGCCACUGACUCGCCGCAGAUAGCGCGCGCGAUUUAUCAUUGCCCCAGCCCUCGUCGGUUCGGCGAUUCGUCUCGAGAUCGAGGAUCGAGACUUUAGCCUUUCAGUCACUCCGUGCCGGACGUUCGAAAUCGUUUCACGAGUUCCGUGUGCUUCCAACGUUGAUCAACUAUUUACGCAAGUGCCAGUGGUGAUCGGGGGAUCGUUGGUCUACAUCGGCGAAAAUUGUCUGUUGGUGGUGCCGUUAGGCGGGGGCGGUUAGAAAUGAUUUGGGUGCGCUCGAUGUAAUUUCUUUUCAAAGCACCUUUUCUACGGAAAGAGGAAGAAAAAAAAAAAAGAAAAAAGAAAAAAAGAAAAGAGAGAAUCCCGCUGCAGGUGCACUUGCAGCCGGAAAGCUGGAUCGUCGGACGGGGCUACGGGGUGCCGCAGAAGAGAGGAGUUGCGAAACUUUGUGGUGCAGUGGCUCGGAGUUUACAUGGAUCCCGAGUUGGCGAUCGGCGACGACGAUUAUAUCGGAGUAGUCGACGAUCGAGGAAACCCGUCGGCGCUCGGUUCCCACGGGGAAGCCGCUUGGGCCCUGACGGCUGCAGGCCAUGGCUCUCGACUUCUUCGCUGGCUGCCUCGGAGGCUGUGCAGGUAUUGUGGUUGGAUAUCCUCUUGAUACCGUCAAGGUUCACAUUCAGACGCAAGACCAUCGGAAUCCCAAGUACAGGGGAACAUGGCACUGCUUCCGGACGCUGCUUGCCCAACACUCGGUAGCCGGACUGUACAGGGGCAUGUCGUCGCCGAUGGCCGGCGUCGCCUUUAUAAACGCCGUUGUCUUUGGUAUAUACGGUCAGAGCCGAAAGUACCUCGAGCAGCAGCAGCGGCAGAACGAGGGCUCAUCGGCGGCCGAGCUCGAGCUGAGCGGUCACUUUGUCGCCGGGGUGAUGGCGGGCGUGGCCCAGUCGCCCGUGGCCAGCCCCAUGGAGCUCGCCAAGACGCGGUUGCAGCUACAGAAGCGGGACAUAGGAGGGACGACGAGAGCAGUGGCCCACGGUCCGGUCCAGUGUUUGCUAGCGAUUCACCGGGCAAAAGGGUUACGGGGUGUAUUCAGCGGCCUCGGGGUCACGGUGCUUCGGGAGGCCCCGAGUUUCGGGGUGUACUUCGCCUCGUACGAGCUCCUCGUGCGCUCGCCCAACGAGCCCCAACGGGCCACCUCGACGUGGCGGGUGCUCCUCGCGGGCGGGUUGGCCGGGAGCGCCUCCUGGAUCGUCUCGUAUCCGGUGGACGUGGUCAAGUCGAGGCUGCAGGCCGACACCUCGGCCAAGUACAACGGAGCCAUCGACUGCUUCCGAAAGUCGGUCACUUCCGAGGGCUACGGCUGCCUCUUCCGGGGCCUCAGCUCCACCAUCUUAAGGGCCUUUCCCACCAACGCCGCCACCUUUGCCGUCGUCACGUGGAUUUGUACCCGAUGGCCCACUACUACCACGCCCUGAUCCCCACAACCUACUUUUUUUUCCAUUGUUCUUUACCAAUAUCAACAUUAUAUACAUAUAUUGCCAUCAUCAUUAUUAUUAUUAUUAUUAUUAUUAUUUGCUGCACGUUUUACUUACAUUGUUUUAUUUGUCCCUGCAGGCAAACGUAUAUUAUAACGCAUCAUCUUGUUCGCGUAACCUCUCACUGCCGCCACUUCAAAGUUAAUCUUAUUUUAUUUUUUAUACUUGCAAUUUAAACGCCAUACGGUUGAGCGAUGAUUAUAACUGUGAGCUAUAAUAUACACCUAGUUUCUUUGACGAUGUACACAUAGUUCAUUACUUCAUUUUAAUUUUAAUUAAGUGCAGUUUUUUUUUUUUUUUUUUUUUCGUUUAUUUAUUUAGCAUUUUCUCGAGGCGAUAUGAUGCAUUCGCAAGCACAAUUUCAGAGAUCAAUAGAAUUAUUGGAAGAAAAACAUGUAGGUACGUUGGCGCAGAAACAAGUCUGCUUGAACGUUGUGAGAAAUUUUGCGCGAACAAAAUUUUUACUCGCGAGGCUAUCGCUCGAAGAAACAGAGUUCCCAUAAAAUCUUUGCCCAGUUUUUUCCAGUGGUGGCAGAAAUUAUACGUUUAUAAAACUGAACGGCCAUCCUCGUUGUAUUGUGUGUGAUACAGUGUAUAUAAUAUAUGAACAAACAUUAAGUAUGUGUAUUGCAGAGCAAUAAGUAGUACAAUUUAUCGUUAGUGGUAAUGUAGAUAGACGGGUAGUGUAGGUAUAACGUUGGACAUGGUCAACAUUUUUAUCCAACUCCUAUAAUUACUUUGUUGUGACUCGCUUUUUUUUCGUAGAUAUAAGUACCUGCUACAUUAUUAAUGAUAAUUGUUGUUGUUGUUUUAACUGUAGUUGAGAUAUUGUUGUAUAGAUUAAGAAAAAAUACAAUUAUAUCGACCAAUUGUCAUAGCUUGUUAAUUGUUUAUUUAUUUCUACAUAUUAUGUCAAUGGUAUAAAUAAUCAUACACGA